AUGUCCAGCGGCAACAACUCACCACCCCUCCAUUCACCAGGCGCUACAGACCGCCGACGUGCCUCAGUCACGGGCCAGACGUUCCAGGACCUGUUUGGCAGUCGCUCGAACAGCUAUGUAGGCCAGCAGGCUGGCUCGCAGCCCUACACAGGCCCCAUCGCCACAGCUGCUGUCAACGCCCAGCGACGGCGCCUCUCCCUCACCACCAUUGGCCUCGCCGCCUCACCUGGCCAGACGUCGCCCUUUCUGCAGAACCCGCGCACCCGCACCGAAAGCAUCUCGAGCGCCAAUUCCGGCUCCGUCGACGAGAGCCCCUUCGAGGACGACUACGCUCCUUCCACAUCUGCCCCGGGCAGCAACCCAGCGACGCCCUUUGCUCGCCGACUCAGCUUUGGUGCUCGUGCACUGCGGGAUGUUAGGCAGAAUAGCGGGAGCGUUGGGAACCCAAAUGGUAGACCCUCCAUCCAUAAAGCUUCCUCUCCCCCGACUGGUCGAGGUCGAGGUCUGUCUUCAUUGUCGCAUUCUCUGCCCUCUUCCUCGUCGCUUCUCCACCCUUUGUCUCCUUCUGGCAGUGCCAGGAGAUCCAUCUCCAUUUCACACAUAUGGCCGCCCACCAUUGCAGAGAACGGCGCAGAACAUGCUGAGAGUUUCUUUGGGGACUAUUCGCUAACGUCGUCCUCAACAGGCGAAGGUUAUAACUUUGCGGAGAACCUCCGCAACCGUGCUGAGCGGGGCUCCAUGUCCGGUCCACCUCCUAUGCUGAGCCCCGGCGGCACUGCUCAUCAACGAGCCAAGAGUGUUACCAUUAUGGAGCCUCCUGCCCGCGAAAUGCCCAAGCAGCCGAAAGUCCCUGAUGCUAUGCAAGAGCGAAUCCUAAAGGGCGAUUUCUACAUGGAUUAG